UUGCUGAGCAGCUUCUCUAGCUGCGAGUCGCGGCGAGCAGUCAGUUAGGAGGAGGUAGCCGCGAGUUUAGGUUUGCACAGAAAGGUUCCGCAAGGGUCUGUCACGGUACGCGGUUCCAUACUUGUUUCGGUUUGUUAGAGCAGUUUAGUUCAUGAAUAGCAGUUAAGCCAUGGCGCUCAGCAGUUUUCACGAGAGCAGCUGUGCAUUUUAAAAUCGCCAGCUUGGAUAUUGUAUACUCACCUGUGCUGAACACCGAAGCUUCUUCUUCACGGAUUCGCGCGUGAAAGUCCAUGGCGUUUGAAACCGUUGUUGCUAGCGGAUUCCGAGACGAUCCCAUCGUUCUGGACGACGACGACGACGAUGAGGUUAACGACGCCGUUAAUAACGCGUAUGAUGCGGCUUCACCGCGUCCACCCGCCGCCUCUCCCCGAAGGCUCGAUGCAUCUGCGGGUUUCAGCGGCGCAGCUGCAGAUUCGGCUGUGAAAUGCGAACAGGCGUUUGGGUCGCAGGGAGUUGAAAGGACUAGCGAACGAAAUCGGUUACCAGCCAACGAUUUCGCGAGCGAACGAGAUCGUUCAGCAGCCGAUUGUCACCUCGACGACCGAGCUUCGUCAGAGGACGACCCACCGUUUGUAGCACGCCGGGUUGAGUCCAGCGGGAUUCGUGCUCCUGGCGAAGCCCCUUCCUCGGAAUUCUUCUCAACCCCUGCCCCCGAUGCAGCUGCUAUUCCCCAGGAUUCGCGUGAGGAACCCGAUGGUCGAGCUGCUGGUUCAGACGACGGUCGACCUGACGGUCCACCCGAUGGUUCAGGCAACGCGGGUGGUGAGCAGGAGGGAGAGGGAGUGGCGAGAGGCAAAAGGAAACGGCGGAGGGAGAGCGAGUCGGUCACGAGAAGUGGAGCGAGGGUGGAGCGGCGGAGGAAGAAGAGGAGGAGGAAGAGCUGCGCAGGAAUGACGCGCUGGCUGAAAGCCUGGCGCUGGGGGAGUGGAGGACGGGGGAGAGGAGGAGGGGGAAGUGGAGGGCGAUCUGUCACUAUAAGAACGGAACUAGGGGGAAGGCAAAGAAGGCGAAGAAGAGCGAGAAGCUGUGCUGGCGGACCGAAGAAGGAUGGGGCUGGUCCUGGUGCAGGCAGCGACAUCCAUGGCGUGCUCCGGCUGUCCAUGCGCAUGUCUCGGGAAGCACUCGGCCCUCCAGAAGCUGCAGAGGGGGGACUUGGAACAAUUGGAGCCCUGGGGCUGGGGGCAGCAGAGCGCGUGGGCGUUUCGCGUAAAAGCGGCUCAGCAUCAGCCAUGGCGUCGUGUGCAUUGGUGGAGGAUGAGAGUGAGAGUGGGGAUGAGGGAGAGGAGGAGAGGCGAGUGAGGAGAGCGAACGACACGUGGCACAAGGUGACGUGGGCGUGGUACCACGACAAUUUCGGGACGAGAGGGGUGCAAAACGGGGCGCCCGUUACAGUCACGGUGCAGGAGGACUUCCACUUCGACUUCUGCUGCAAGUGCUUUCAAGGAGGCGACCUCAUGUGCUGUGAGGCGCCUGCGUGCCCCCACGUGUACCACCGGCCAUGUGCGGAGCCACCCAUCUCUCGCGACCCCCAGGGCCCCUGGUACUGCCCCACCUGCCUCACCUUCCUCCGGGAAUGCAUCCGCCCUUCCCCAGACGGCCCCUUCUCCUCUAAUAGACGCAUCAGCCGCACAUUGGAAGAUGAGGAUUGGGGGACGGAAGGGGGGAGUGGGGGAGGAGGAAAAGAAGGGGAGAGAGCGGUUGCUGAUACUGGUGCGUCGUCUGCCCCUGCUGCAGCAGCUUCUGCUUCUGCUGCUGCUUCUCCUCGUGCGGCGGCUGCAGGUGCAGUGGGCAGCACGGCGGCGGAGGGAAGAAGGGCUCUUGGGCAAGCCAUAGUGGAAUCGGUCUGGCUGGACAGGGAGAGAGGCGAGGAUGGGGCGCGCGGAGAAGGGAGCACAGUGGGCGAGUGUGACCUGGCCUGGCAGCAUGACGACGAGAUGAGGAAGCAGGUGGCGGCAGCACAAGGGAGGGCGAGCAGAGCAGGCAGCGAUGGGGUGGUGGAAAGGCAGAUAGAAUCCUCGUCUUCCUUGCCGGAUGCAGGUGGUUGUGCGGUUCUAGCAGCGCGGGACGCCACUGCAGGCCCCAGUGGGAGGGACGGGGAGAAAGGGGAGGAGCAUGCUGGGGCAGCGCGGGGCAGGGGGGGGGAGUAUCUGGUGAAGUGGUUGAGGCGGCCGCAUGCGUACAACUCGUGGGUGGACGAGGAGUGGUUGCGGUCGCGGUUCCCGGGGCACGUGGCAGCUUAUGAGAGGCUCAAGGCAGAGGGCGAGCUCCCUGCCUUCCGACCUGAGUGGACGGAGCCAGAGCGGCUGCUGGGGCGGUUUAAGGUGGAAGGGCUGGUGCCGGACAGAGCAGGGAGUAGGGGCCGAGGCAGAGGCCGGCUGCGACGCGUGGCCGAGGAGCACCAGUGGCUGGUGAAGUGGCGGGGCAUGGGGUACGACCAGCUGACAUGGGAGCCGUGUCACAUGCCCUUCCUCUCCACGCCACGUGGCAUGGCCCUGCAGGCAGUGCACGAGAGGGAGAGGGAGGGCAGCGAGCAGAGGGCUACAGCAAAGGCGGGACAGGAGGCGAGAGAAAGGCGCGCCACCCCAUUCUGCUUAACACGGAAUAGCAGUGAUAAGCAGCACCAGUCCAGCCCAUCAGAGGAGCAGAGCCAGGAGCCAGGGCAAGGGCAGGGGGGCACGGGCCAGCCGAUCGGCUCCUUCCGCCUCACGUGGCUCCAGGUGGCGGCCUUGGAUUGGCUGAGAGCUCUGUGGCAGUGUGACGGGGGCUCUCUUGAGGGCGCUUUGAAUGCUGUGUGGGAGUCCGUGGGAGACAGCAGGUCUGGCCGCAUAUGUGAGACUAGAGGUGUCGGUUCUUCUGGGGGUGCUGCUGGCAGGAGAACGGAGGAGGAGGGGGGAAAUGAGUGGGUAGAGGAGGAGAGAGGAGGGGAGGAGAGAGGGGUGGAAAAUGAGAGGGGGAGAUGUGCACUGUUGUGCAUGGACCAUGGCAUGGGCAGCUCCACUGUGCUCAUGGCUUUCUGCCGCUCCCUCAUCUCCCAAUUCAAGGCCGUGCGCCCCAUCCUCGUGCUCACCCCGUCCCCCCGCCGCGCUGCCCGCUGGUGUUCCCGCUUCCACUCCCUCUGCACUGCCCUUGCUGCAAGACCCGUGACUGUGGAAGCAGCGGCAGGGAGUAUGCAAGCAGCAGGGGUGGGAGCAGCAGGGCUGGUGGGGGAGGGAGGUGGGGUUCAUGUGUUGAAGUAUGUGGGGGGUUCGCAGGUGGAGCUGAACGCCAUGUGGGAGAGGGAGAUGCUGCCUGCUGACAGUGUCAGCCAGAGUGCUGCUGGUACUGCCAGUGCUGCUGCGAGUGGCUCGACUAGUGCUGGUGCUGGUGCUGGUGCUGGGACUGCCAGUGCCAGCGCUGAUGGUGCUGGCUCACCAGGGGAAGGCACAGCUGGUGCUGGAGGUCCAUGUGGGGCAGGCUCAUCUGGAGCAGGUUCUUCGGAAUCAAGCAUUAUGAUCCAGCCUCAAGUUGUUGUCACCACAGCAGCGACGUUUGUGCAGGAGGCGGGUCGCCUAUCUCAGGUGCAUUGGGAAGCGGUGCUGGUUGAAACGCCGCCACCAGGCGUCCACUCAGAUGAUGACACGUGGCAGUCCGUGAUGGGUUGGUUCCAGCCAGAAUCCCUGCCUGCUGAGGUGGCAGCCUGCCACCCGCUUCCAUGUGCAUCAGUGGUAUCAGCCCCUCCGCCCCUCACACUGCGUGCACGCCUGCUCGUGUGUGCGGCUGCUAGAGGCACAGAGCAGCAGAGUCUGCAGCAGAGAGAGCAGCAGAGUAUUCAGCAGAGUCUGCAGCAGAGGCACCGGAAUGCAGCACGGGUGUGGGAGCGGCUGUCUGUGGCUGCUGGCGCUGUUGUGGCCGUAUCAGCAGCACUGGAGGAAGCAGAGGCAGAGGCGCUGGUGGGGGAUGGUGACUGCGAUGACGAUGAUGAUGAUGCCGAGGUGACAGCCGCAACGGCAGCUACAGCAGCAGGGGAGAUACCAGCAGCGGAAAGAGUAGCAGCAGCGAGAAAGGCGGCUGUGGCAGCAGCAGCGGCGACAGCAGCUGUGGAGGGUGCAGCAGCAGUGUGGGCAGGAGGAGUGGCGGAGGGGGGAAUGUCAAGGUCGGCCUGGAGUGCUACCAGUAGUGCUGCUGUGCGUGGUGGGAGUGGCGGUAGGGAUGGUGACUCUGGCAGAGGCGAUGGGGGUGGCAGGCAGUGGCAUGUGCUGGACCUUGGGUUGGACAUGGAGCGAGUUGCGGAUUGCAGAGAAGCAGCAUGGGAGGCAUUGGGGCGUGGAAGUGAGUGGGCGGUGAAACGUACGUGGGCAGUGAGAGGGAGGGCGGUGAGGGAGAUAUGGUGGCCGGCCACCCUCACUGCCCACCAGCUCUCGCUCUACAGGUCGACCAUUCAUGAGCUCAAGCGAGCAGCCUCACUGCGAGCCCAAGCAGGGUCUGCUGCAGCGCCAGCAGCCAUCACAGCUAUAAGAAGGAAGCUCUUGCAGUGCUGCCAGCACCUGCAUGUGCUGCCACCUGCUCCAUGCCCUCGCCAACAUGCCACCCCCAACCCCUCUGCUACUGCGACUUCUGCUGGUGUUGCUGCUCCUGCUCCUGCUACCCCUCCCGCUCCUGCUACUGCUCCUGCGCUUGCUGCUACUGCAGCAGCAGCAGCACGGGCUGGGCGGAGCAUCGCGUUGGGGGAGAAGUGCUGUGGGAAGCUGCAGCUGCUGCAUGCGCUGCUGGCGUGCCUCCAGCGGGAAGGGAAGACCGCUCUGCUGCUGGCGCAUAGCGCUCAACUGCGGGAGGUGCUUGCCAGCAUGCUGUCUCAGCAGUGGGGUGUAAGUGAGAAUGAGAGUGGGAGUGAGAGUGCCUUUCUGCGCCUGCGCUCAUCAGACCCCCCUGCUGUCUGCAAGCAGAAGCUGGCCCAGGUGGUGAGAGGGACGAGAGGGGAGAGAGGGGAGGAGCCGCAGGAGGAGGAGGAGGGCGAUGACGAUGAGGUAGUGGUGGAGGAGCAAGUAUGGGACGAGCUGGAGGUUGGGGAAGAUGAUGAGUCGAGGGAGGGGAGUGGGAGGAGAGACGGGGGAGGUGGGGUGCUGAGAGGACUGCAACAGGAUGCAGUGGACGAGGGUUUUGAGGAGGAGAGUGUGUGGCGACAGCAGCAAGAGAGAGAGGAGGACGGGAAGGAGAAAGAUGAGGAAGCAGGGGCAAAGCAAGGCGGAGAGCAAGGGGCCGGCGCGCCCAGACAGCGUCUGUUUGUGGUGCUAGCGCCAACGACUUUGGUCUCAUUCGCCAUGAGUCUGGAUUCCAUUGACGUGGCUAUAGUUGUGGAUGACUCAGCAAACCCUUCCCUUACAACAGAGAGGCUCCUGACCUCCCUUCUCUUCCACCGUGGCACCCGCCCCAGUCCCAACCUCCCCUCACGGCAGCAAGUGGGCUCUCUGCCGCCCCUCACCAUCCUCCGCCUCUACUGCCCGGGCACUGAGGAGCAGCGCCUGCUGGAGGGGUUGGGACGGGCAAGAAGCAUGCGGUGGAAAAUGGAGUGGAGAAGAGUGUGGAGAACGGCACUAGGGGUGGGCGGGUGCCGUGCGGCAGCAGGGAUGGAGAUGCAGAUGAUGAUGCACAUGCAGAUGCAGGUGCAGGUGUGCAGAAGCUAACUAGGGAGAUUCUCUCGUUUUGGUCGGCGAACAAGCGGAGACUGAAAGCAUGGGCGGGCAACAGUGUCCUGUACUCCGAGGGUGUCACGUCCGUGGCUCUGGGUCGGGCGCUGGCUUGGCCCAGACCUGCAGGUCCGGUUGAAUCCGAGCCUGUGAGAGUUGUCUUGUCAGUGGAAGACUUGGAGGGUGUUGCAAGGGAGGUG